AUGCCUCGCCGGAGCUCCGGUGGAAGAUCUGCUCGCCCUGCUCCUCGUCCAGCUGCGCGUAAUCCACCACCACAACCAGUUCACCAUGCUCCUCCUCCAGCUCCAGUUCAGAGUGCUCCUGGUGGUUCAAUGCUCGGAAACAUUGGUUCGACCAUAGCCCAGGGUAUGGCGUUUGGUACUGGAAGUGCAGUUGCUCACAGGGCUGUGGAUGCUGUUCUUGGGCCUCGCACCAUUCAACAUGAAACAGUUGCCUCCGAGGCUGCUGCUGCUGUUCCAGCACCUUCUGCAAGCAGUAUGUCUGGAUCUGAUGCUUGCAACAUGCACUCUAAGGCAUUCCAGGAUUGCUUGAAUGGCUAUGGAAACGAUAUCAGCAAGUGUCAGUUCUACAUGGACAUGCUGGCAGAGUGCAGGAGGAACUCGGGCUCCGUCAUGAGUUCUUAA